AUGUCCACCACAUACCUUGUGGACAGUCUAUUGCAUGCACAGCGGCAGAGUUACAGUGAAGCUCAGCUAAAAACAAGCCUAAGCGAAAUGUUGCUGAGUCGCAGCAGUGCCGAGGAGGCUGCCAAUUUUGGCAGCACCGGCACCGCCGGCGGUGACUGUAGCAUGACUGGUGGCUUUAAGCGUAAAUGUGAUAAGUGUCGUGAGAAUCGGGCCGAGAGUGUGGGCAGCAUCGAGGAAAUGGAGGAGGACGACGACGACGAGGAUGAGGAUGAAAUUGUCGCCGAUAUCGGUAGCAUGGAGCAGGACGAGGAUCUAGACGAUGAUCUCGCCGACGAUGAAGUCGAGCUGGUCAAUGUACAGAGACGCGUCACAGCCACGGCAAUCAAAUUGCCCAAAGUGGAGCCUAGGGAGACAACCACCACAGUGUCUUCUGCCACCACCACCAUCCUAAAGGAUAACAACAGCAAACCGAUUCUAAAGUUCAGUGUGUCUGCCAUUUUGGGCGACACACGCGAAGGAGUGCGCGUCAGGAAUGAGUUUAUGCAACCGCAGCAUAUAUGGCCUUAUCUACAACAAAACUUCAUGCAACAGCACACACAUCAAUAUCAUCAACACCAUCCGCCGCCGGGGCAUCAUCAGCCACACCAUCAGACGCUGCCAGCGCCAGCGCCUCAUCCUCAUAUGCACUUUCCGCAUCCCGCAUUUCUAACGCAUCAGCAUCAGCAGCCGCAUCAGCAUCAGCAUCCGCAUCAGCAGCCUCACGGCAAUAGUUGUCAACCGCAAACCGCACUGACGACGGCCUCCUCGUCGUCACCUGGCAGCACAAUUAGUGAUAGCGACAACAAUCACACCACCAGCAGCAACAACAACAACAACAAUGGUAGUGGUGCUGGCGGUGGUGCGACCAACAACCAUGAUAGUCGACCGCAUGAAAUCGGCACUGCCGGCAUUCCGGACAACGGCAUCGAGGACAACAACAAUCGAAGAUUAACGCAAGAAAAGCUGCAGCAACAACAACAGCAACAACUGUUGCCUGGUCAAGCAACAGGAGGACCACCAACAGUGGCGACACACCUCACACCACCCCCGCAGCCGCUGCCCACACAUCCGGGCAUUGCCAAACCCAUGCCCAGUCGACCCACGCCCUUUCUGCCCCACACUCUCAAUCAUCCGCAUUUGCAUUCGCUGCUGACCCACUGCCGAAAUCCCUACAUGAGUGUUGGCGCCCAAGUGUUUCCCCUGCCGCCGGGCCAAGGCUUUCCCUGGGCCCAUUCGACUCGUGGCAAGCCACGCAGAGGCAUGAUGCGACGUGCCGUCUUCUCAGAUUCGCAGCGCAAGGGUCUGGAGAAGCGUUUUCAACAGCAGAAAUAUAUAAGUAAGCCGGAUCGCAAGAAACUGGCCGAACGUCUGGGCUUAAAGGACUCUCAGGUGAAAAUAUGGUUUCAAAAUCGCCGCAUGAAGUGGCGCAACUCUAAGGAACGCGAACUGCUAGCCAGCGGCGGCUCUCGAGACCAGACGCUGCCCAAUAAGAAUAAUCCAAAUCCGGACUUGUCCGAUGCCAAAUGCGAUCGUCCGCUGACGCCGCUAUCGCCCGCCCCGCUCUCGCCCAACGGCGGCAGCAACGGCACAACACCGCCCCCAGUGACGUCCCAUAUCAGCAAGGACGAGGCAGCUGUCACACCCAAAUCACCGCAAUCUGCCAGCAGCAGCUCGCCAGUGGCUGGCGCCCAUGCACCACCCAGUAUUGGCAACCACCCGGCUAACAACUACGGCAUGCAAAUCAGCUCGCCACCGCCCCUGCUGACCAGCAUUAAGCUGAGCGAUCAAUCAGCCACACCCACGCCAACGCCAACAGUCUCCUCGGCGGCCUCAUCGCCGCCCAGCGGUGCCGGUGGUGGUGGUGGUGGUGGCUCAUUGCUGAGCGCCGACUUUCAGGCCAAGGUGAAUGCCGAAAUGCAGAAGCAAUUGGUGGCCGCCGAUCUUAAAUUCAAACUGGAGAGCACCAUCCAGGAGGCGAAACAGCGACGCUUCGAACAGCUGCAGCUACAUGCACCACACUUCAUGGGUGGUGCAGCGGCCAUGCGAGAGGUAGAACUAGCUGCCGCAGCAGCGGCCGCCCAACUCCAUCACCACCACCAGCAGCAGCAGCACCAGCAGCACCAGCAGCAACAACAACAACAACAACAGCCACCGCCGCACUUUCAGGGCGCCGAGUUCAUGAAGCUCUAUUACGACGACUACGACGAGUCCAAUUCGGACAGCGAUGAGGAAAUCAGCGUGACGUGA